AGUGGUUUUUCCUCCAAGGAUUGAGUUCAAGUCGCAUUAACGAACCAUGCAGAAAAAUAAACUGCGGAGAAACUUUCCAUUCUGAGUAACAACCGUAUUUGUAAAGGGUUGGCAGUCUUGGAUAAAGGAUGAGCGCGGAGGCAGCCGACCGCGAGGCGGCCACGGGCAGCCGGCCCUGCACCCCCCCGCAGACCUCCUGGUUCGAGUUCCUGCUGGACGAGGGGCUGCUGGAGAAACACCUGCAGGGCAGCUCACCAGAUCCUUCACCUGUGCAGCUUGUCAUUCAGUUCCUGGAACAAGCCUCCAAGCCCUCGGUGAAUGAGCAGAACCAGGUUCAGCCACCUGCAGACAAUCGCAGGAACCGGACCCUCAAACUGCUGGCUCUCAAAGUGUCGGCACACCUGAAGUGGGACCUGGACGUGCUGGAGAAAGGGUUGUCCAUCCCGGUGCUGAACAUGCUGCUGAACGAGCUUUUGUGUGUUAGUAAAGUGCCCCCUGGGGUGAAACAUGUGGAUCUGGAUCUGUCCUCCCUGCCCCCCACCACUGCCAUGGCUGUGCUCAUCUACAACCGCUGGGCCAUUAGGACCAUUGUGUUGAGCAGCUUCCCAGAAAAGCAGGCCAAGCCUGGGCCUCAUCAAAUGAACAUGUUAAACCUGGUGCAGCAGGAGAAGGAGCUGACAGAAAACAUUCUGAAAGUGCUGAAGGAGCAGGCUGAUGACUCCAUCAGAGUGUUGGAGGGGGUCCUUCACAUAAAGAAGGACUUCUACAUCCACACCUUAAGGACUCUGGACCUGCUUGCUGCCGACCCCUGCACAGCCAAUGGAGAGACAGAGUGCUCCACCGCGGGACUCCGUAUUAGCGCUGAUGAGCUGCACUGUCAGGUACAUUACGAUUUGGGUGCCAUCUUCUUUCAGCAAGGCUUUUCAGAUCCCUCUGCCUGUGAGAAGGCCAGAGAGCACUUUCUGAAAACCAGGGAGCUGCUGCAGAAGCUCGACUCCAGGGCACUGCACUGUCAUCUGGAUGAGAAACGCCUGGCUGGGUACUGGAACGCCUGCAGGGUUCUUACCGGGACCUCGGACCCUGGUGAUGCACAGCUCCUCCCCUACGGUCUCAUCAACAGUUACAUCAAGACCAAGAACUUUCAGGCUCUUAUUGAAACUUUCAUCCAAGACAACAUGUCCCUAAGUUUUCCAAAUUACUUCAGACAGUCCAUCCUCAGGGAGUUUUUACACCAAGUCCAACAGGGGGACAGGACACUGGAUGAGGUGUGUCACAAGCUGUGUGUGUGCAAUGCUGUACGAGAUGCUCUGGAGGGCCAGGUCUUAAGUGUGCGCUUCAGCCAGCUGCUCUUCAAGCCCAGAAAGCAGAUGAUUGACUUCCUGAUGGAGGUGUGUGCAAAAUCAGUCGACAAGAAAUCUUCAUCAGAGACCUCCAAAAGAAACAUGGCAUUCUUCCUCAGGACCCUCUGUGAGAGCCUGCAGGAUCCUUCGCUGCUCCUCAUUGUCUCUUCCCAUGAGCUCUUCACAGGGCUACUGGCAGAUGAGGAGCAGAAGUGUCUGCUGGAUCAGAUCAAGAAGAAAUCAACAAACGUCAGCCACUGCAGCAAACCACUUCCCACCUUCUAUGACAUCCCAGCCUCUGCCAGUGUGAACAUUGGGCAGCUGGAGCACCAGCUCAUUCUGUCCCUGGAUGCCAGGAGGAUCCGGCAGAUCCUAAUCGAGCUGCACGGCAUGGCAGAGCGACCCUUCUGGAGGGUCAACAGCAAGUGGGAGAUUCCAUCAGACUACAUUAGUGUGAUCCUGGGCAUUAAGGACAACCUGACGCGGGACCUUGUUUACAUCCUCCUGGCCAAAGGCUUACACUGCAUUACAAUAAAGGACUUUGUCCACGCGCGGCAGCUGUUCUCCGCCUGCCUGGAGCUGGUGACUGAGUUUUCCCCCAAGUUGCGCCAGGUGAUGCUCAACGAGAUGCUGCUGCUGGACAUACGAGCCCACGAGGCUGGGGCCGGGCCUGGGGGUAGCCGGGAGCGCCCUCCUGCCGACCUGGUCAGCAGGGUACGUGGGUACCUGGAAAUGAGGAUCCAUGAUGUCCCGCUGCGGCAGAUUGUGGGUGAGGAGUGUGUGGCCUUCAUGCUGAACUGGAGGGAGAACGAGUACCUGACACUCCAAGUGCCUCAGUCCCUGGUCCAGAGCAACAACUACGUCAAGCUGGGACAGCUUCUGGCUGCCACCUGCAAGGAGCUACCCGGGCCCAAGGAGAGCAGGCGGACUGCCAAGGAUUUGUGGGAAGUUGUGCUCCAGAUCUGCAGCGUGUCCACCCAGCACAAGCGGGCCAGCGACGGCCGAGUCAGCCUCAUCAAGCAGCGAGAGUCCACCGUUGGCAUAAUGCCUCGGAGCAAAUUCGUUACCUUCAUCAAGAAGCUUCGGGAGCCGUUGGUUCUGACCACGCUGAUCUCGCUCUUUGUGAGACUGCACAGCAUUGUGAGGGAUGACAUUGUUAAUGAAGUCACAGCGGAGCACCUCUCUAUAUGGCCCACGACUAUACCAAAUCUGCAGUCUGUGGAUGUGGAGGCUGUGGCUGUCACAGUGAAGGAACUCGUGACCUACGCCUUGAGCCUCAACCCAAACAACCACUCCUGGCUCAUCACGCAGGCAGACAUAUACUUUGUGACCAACCAGUACUCGACAGCUCUUCAUUACUACCUCCAAGCUGGUGCGGUGUGUUCUGACUUCUUCAGCAAAGCUGUGCCUCCCGACGUUUACACAGAUCAGGUUCUGAAGAGAAUGAUCAAGUGCUGCUCGCUGCUGAACUGUCACACUCAGGUUGCAGUACUUUGUCAGUUCCUCCGGGAAGUGGACUACAUGACAGCAUUUAAAGCUCUUCAAGAACAGAGCAGUCAUGAUGCCAUGGACUCUUUUUACGAUUACAUCUGGGAUGUUACAAUACUUGAGUACCUGACUUACAUUCACCAUAAACGAGGGGAGAAUGAAAAAAGACAAAUAGCUAUCAAGGCCAUUGGGCAGACGGAGCUGAACGCCAGCAACCCUGAGGAGGUUCUGCAGCUGGCUGCCCAGAAGAGGAAGAAGAAGUUCCUUCAAGCCAUGGCCAGAUUGUAUUUUUAGAUAAAACAGUGGAACUU